AUGAGAAAUAUGCUUAUCUACCGUAAUAUGCCUUGUUUGCUUGGCAUGGGCAUCCUUCUUUGGGUUCUGGGUUUAGACGUUUCCUGUAGUCAAGAAAUAGAUAACCCGCCCUCGACACUGAGUUUCUCCGCACAUAAUCACAUCUGCUGGACUCUUGGCCACAUUCUGAGUGUUUCAACUUUUGGCGAUGCAAUUCUGAUCGGUAACAUUAAACCGGAUAUACGCUGUGACAUAGAUAUGCACAAUCUAGUGGUCGGGAUUGUCAAUGAUCAUGUGGUUCUAAGGCAACUUGAUGCGCAGCCUCCUGAUAUAUUAAGGGAUGCUGAAUGCUUACUGAACACAAUUAAUGUUCUUUGUGUUACUAAACUUACAAUUGACCACACCACACUUUAUGAAAGGUCGGUUAUAAAGAUAAUAGCACGGAUUUUAGUAAUAAUUGAUUGUUCUCGUCUUAUCAUUGAAAACUUGACCCCAACUAGUAAUGGGGCUAUUUUAUGCAAACUGGCGAGCGCUAAGCUUCCGGUCGUUGCCACGCCUACUAUGAAGAGGAAUAUAUCUAUCUGCCUUCGACUUGGUUCUUCUGAGAACUACAUUGGUCCUCGAGAGCGACACGAACAUAUUCUAAAGUUCAUCCUCACAGCAGUUCAAAACAAAUGGGUAAAAUGCAUAAGGCUAGAAUCUCCAUGCAUCACGAAUUUAAGGGUUCUUGAAAUAGUUAAUUGGUGCGAUAGUUACAUUUUAAACCUAAUGACCGAUAGCCUAGCCGAUGUUCACUUUAUAGCGAAAAACCAGGCACAAGCUUAUUAUUUACUCCUCCGUCGCUAUAGUUGUACCUUGAUGGGCAAUUAUUGGUUAGAAAAUCCGAAGAACCAACCGCCGCCGGGUUACCUUGAACAGCAGCGCCGCUCUAGUUUUAGUCUCUUCUUGUUCCUUCAAGCCAAUCCCGGGGUUUAUCUGGCUUUAGAUUUAUGUACAGCUAUUCUGCUUUUGCUGAUAUGCCCUUCCGCCAUACCCUUCACCUACCACGUCAACUCUAUUAGUAUCUACGGCCAAAAACUAGGCCCGCGCUGGCUCAUUGAAGAGAUCGCCCACAAAAUACUAAUCCACGCUAGAUCCCACUAUAAUAAGUCAAUAGAAGGAUCCAUGAGGUCCGAUGCCAAUCCAAGAAGAACAGAUGCCAGGCUAUACAUUCCAUGGCUUACUGCUAAGCAGGUAAUAAUCAUGGCUGAACUGAAUAGGCUGAUUAUGCCAGAAAGUGACAUCGAGGUGAAGCAAGACAUAAUCGCUGAUAUUGUCCCUCUUUUUGUCCAGGUCACAAAAAUCGACCUCACCUUGCAAUGUAAACCCCGUUCUCCGAGUGAAGAUCAACUCUUGAAGCUACUCCACCAUACAGAUGCCCGGAUUUUAUACAUUGGAUGCAUUACCAACCCAAUCCUCACUCUAACCGAUAUGACCAGCAUCACGCGAUUGUACUCGGUAAAUGUCAUCAUUGCCCCAAAAAGCCUCGUCCGCGCACGUAUAUACUGGGCUGACUUUUUCCAGUACAUCGCAGAUCUGUUCAUUGAAACCGUUAUCGUUAUGAUCAACCCGAAAGAGUCAUGUAAUAAUGUCUGUUUCUGUUUAGAGACAAUCCUGCAUGGCAUUCUAAAGUCUAGAUGUCCAAGUCGACGACUGUUAUUUAUUCCCGAUGAGAAAGCGCCAUCAGAAGAACGGUCAGAAGAACUGUCAGAAGCACCAUCACUAUUCCAUGCCAACCGGACCAGCUCGAACCCGAUAUUGUUUGACUUUGUGUUAAACUAUCUUGAUAUUCACAACCAGCCAGCAUGGCUAAUUGAGCUAGUAUUUGGUUGUUUACGCUUCACUAACCCAAAUACUUGCAUUACUAUUACCGGCCUCUAUGAACACGGCAUUGACCUCGCCCAACUUGCUAAGAUCCUGCCGUCAUUAACCAAGAAGGUGCACCAUUCUAGCAUUACCUUGACCUUAUCUCAUAUGGAUGUUUUUGGAUGUAACUUUUUGGACACUAUCUUUCGCGAUUAUAAGGGCGAGUUGGCUAAGCUUGCAUCAAAAAUUGUACUUACUACCAAGGCCCAGACCCCACCCCUACACCUUAAUGUUUCAUUAAUCUAUUACUCUAAUAUUCUCCACCAAAUCUGUGCUUUCAGUUCAACAUAUCCAUUUGUUAAACAGCUUCAGGAUAAUAUAUCUAAACACAUCUGGAUAAGCAUCAAUAUCUACGGCCUAAUCAAUUUUGAUCUCAUUAAAACCCGCGUGCUGUUACAGCCCCCCAUCAAGCUCCAAGCCCUCUCUAUCGUUGGUGUCGUCAUUGACGAACCUCCAUACUACAACCCUGGCUUCCGUACCUUCUUAGGCCAUGUCACUAUUGUCUCCUCCAAAACCCAACCAUCUAACAUAAGUAACGCAACCCUCCAGGCAAUCUCCGAGACAAAACUCUAUGAAUGGAUAGAUCUUUCUUUCGGCCGACCCUACCCAGUAAUUAUCCCAAUGAAAGAUAUACCACACAACAGCGGCAGAGGCAUGCUCGUCGCCACCCAAUGCCCAGUCCAAACCGCUCUUUUAUAA